AUUACAGCAUACUUAAUCACGUCAUCACAAAUGAACCAACAAAACCUCAUCUCACGAGUAGUUAAAGUCAAUUCCCAGUGAAAUUUCAUCAUCGUCAGUGUAACGUGGUUUAAUAAGUGAUCCUCGAGGGUCGUCCCCGGGCGGCUGGUCCAGAGAGAUGCUGUGCGUCUCAUCUAUAAAGGCAUCCCUUACCCGCGCGCCGCCACGCGGUCUCUGAGGGAAACCUCGCACCGACCUUCCAUUAGACAACUCGACAACGCUCGCAUCGCACGCAAAUAAACCUUGAAAAUCUUUCAAUAAUAUAAAGAUAAAUACUGGCUGUUUUUUUAAACAAAAAACGAUACUUGAUUAGGAAUUCGAGUUUCGAAUUGAUAUAGAAAUGUGGCGCCACCUAGGGCAGUCGCGCUGUCCCGCUCGUAAUGCGAGGGCGUGUCCCCUGGGCGCCUCCCCCAGGGGGACGGGGGCUCCGCGGCAGGCACUCGGCGCUCUCCCGCGACGCUUGUUAGUGUUCCGCAAAUCCACAGCGGGAUCGCCCGUACAACCGGGACUCGAUCCCCUAACGCACAUACGAUAACGAAUCCUAGCUGUCAUUUGCAAACUUUACAUUGGUAUUUUGGGCUCACGUGCAAUAUUCUCUAUUUUUUUGAAGUGUUUUUGGAUUAGAAUUUAAGUAAUAUUUCGGGUUUUCUAAAUUUUUAUCGAAGUUUGAAGAAUUAUGCAACGGACAUUAUAAAAAUUUCCAACAAUAUAACAACAUACUCUUAAUUUUAAAAUUGUCUUGCAAAGAAUCCGUUCGCAAAUUCAAAAAGAUUCGAUUCGCAAUUCAAAAGCGGCGCGCUGACCGUUCGUGCGGGUCCGGGAGUGUUCGCGGGUGGUUCGGGUCGGUUCGCGAUUCGGUCGGACGAGCUGAACGCGGCGGCGGGCGGGUACUCGGGCUCGCCGUGGCCGCCGCUCGAGCUCGACCCGGUGGGAUGGGGACGGAAGCUGUACCCGCCGGCCGCGCCGAGGUCUUCAGGAGGCCUGAUGUUUGGCCUGCACCACCAGGACGCGGGCGGGCUGCACGCGCAGCCGCGCGGCCCCGUCACGUCGCUGAAAGAAGAGCCGCUCACGCGCGCCUGGAUGACGCCCAGCUCACUAGUUGACAACACCAAUACCAUAGGCGUCGGCCGCGCACACUUCGAGAAGCAGCCGCCGAGCAACCUGCGCAAGAGCAACUUCUUCCACUUCGUGGUGGCGCUGUACGAUCGCUCCGGCCAGCCUGUUGAAAUCGAGCGCACUGCCUUCAUCGGCUUCAUUGAAAAGGACCAGGAAGCCGAAGGCCAGAAGACAAACAACGGCAUCCAAUAUAGGCUACAAUUACUUUACGCUAAUGGUAUUAGACAAGAGCAGGACAUAUUUGUUCGACUAAUAGACUCGGUGACCAAACAGCCAAUAGUGUAUGAAGGUCAGGACAAAAACCCCGAAAUGUGCAGAGUUCUACUAACACACGAAGUUAUGUGCAGUCGGUGUUGUGACAAGAAGAGUUGCGGCAACAGAAACGAAACCCCUUCAGAUCCUGUUAUUAUAGAUAGAUUUUUCCUGAAGUUCUUUUUAAAGUGCAAUCAAAAUUGUUUGAAGAAUGCCGGCAACCCUAGAGAUAUGAGAAGAUUUCAAGUGGUAAUAUCAACGCAAGUGAUGGUCGACGGUCCGCUGCUGGCGAUAUCGGACAACAUGUUCGUCCACAACAACAGCAAGCACGGACGUCGCGCCAAGCGGCUCGACCCGACUGAAGGUAUUGACGCCGCCUCCGAACCCACUUCGGGUCUAUAUCCCCCACUGCCCGUGGCGACUCCGUGCAUAAAAGCGAUCUCACCCAGUGAGGGGUGGACGUCAGGCGGCUCAACGGUCAUCAUCGUAGGGGACAACUUCUUCGAUGGAUUACAGGUCGUUUUUGGGACGAUGCUAGUUUGGAGUGAGUUAAUAACGUCGCACGCGAUCCGGGUGCAGACUCCGCCGAGACACAUACCUGGCGUCGUGGAGGUGACCCUAUCGUACAAGAGCAAGCAGUUCUGCAAGGGGGCUCCGGGCAGAUUCGUCUAUGUUUCAGCGCUGAACGAGCCGACGAUAGAUUACGGGUUUCAGAGGCUACAGAAGCUCAUACCGAGGCAUCCUGGCGACCCGGAGAAGUUACCGAAGGAAAUAAUCCUAAAAAGAGCAGCAGACCUGGCAGAAGCGUUAUACUCCAUGCCCAGAAACAACCAGCUAGGUCUGGGCGCUCCUCGGUCCCCACCAGCGAGCAUGCCUUUCAACUCCUAUACGGGCCAACUAGCUGUCAGCGUCCAGGAUACGGCAGCAUCGCAGUGGACUGAAGAGGAGUACGCGAGGAGCGGCGGGUCGGUAUCUCCCCGGUACUGUUCAGCCGCGUCUACUCCCCACGCCGCGUCCUACCCGCACCCUCAACACUACCCCGCGCCGCCGACGUCGCUCUUCAACACUACCUCGAUGUCCCUGGGCCCGUAUCAUCCGGCGAACCUGAAUGGACAUUUAUCAUCUGACCAUCACCACUAUAACGCGUAUAACACGAAAGAUAGCGGGCAUUACAGUGAAAGAAACGAGAAUUCAAAAAGCUCGGCUGACUGUCCGGCAAACACUCAUACAAAAUGCACCGCGAGCGAUAUGAAAGGGGAGGAGAGUAAAGAGACUAAGCUAAGGAGCGCCUUUGCGGUCGUCAGGCAGAGUCCGCCGCGCGCCGCCAAUUUUCAACAUCAUCAUAACUGGCAACAUCUCGCCGUUCAGUGAAUGGGAGGUUUAGUAUCAUCGCCUUUUAGUGUAAAUCCCUUCUCGCUGCCAACGUGUAGCGCGCAACAGUACGCGCAACAGGCGCAACUAGCAUCCAAGUAACACAACCUGCAACACUAAAACCACACCCUG